ACUUAUGCUCGGCGUCAGUUUUGGGUUCUUCGUCUCCUUGGCUUGAGGUAGGCAGGAGAGGCAAUGACGGAAUAAAUAUUUUACUUCCCAUAUUGUAUAUAUAUAGUGUGGGAAGAAGUGUUUGAGUUGGAUAAAAUAUCUACAAAUUUAUCUAUCCUAAAACGUAAAGAAUUUAGAUUGAUUUUUAGGUUGAGAAUUUCACAAACUUUUAUAUGAGGCUGGCCACACCUUCAACUAAUGGUGUGGCCAACUAAUUUAAAAGCCCAAUUCGCCUAGUGAUAUAAUAGAGCCCAACGCAAGAAAUGAGAAAUUGAGCCCAUUUCUCUCUCUCUCUUUUUCUUUUCUGCCAGUUGAUCCCAUUUCUCUCUGUUUUCUUCUUCUUUUUUUUCUGGCAGUUCAUAACCACCAUUUCUAAACCAAAAUUGGACUUUGCAAACAAUCAUCAUCAAGGGUCUAGUUUUCAUUUUCGUUCUUGAGUUUUAUGCUGUUCGAAUUAUUUGCGGAAUUAUGGCUAGAGUAAAGACUACAUCGCAUCGUCGUCCGAGUGAUGGUGGUCGCAGUGAUGGUGGUCGCAGCGUUUGUGGUCCUAGUGAUGGUGGUCGUGGUUCAAAAGGUAAUACAGGAGAUGAGUCUGUUGGGAAAGAUGUUCCUAAUCGUGAAGGUAAUACAGGAGAUGAGUCUGUUGGUGAUUAUAUAGCUGAUUUUGUAAUAAGGCGUUCACCUAGGAGUAAGAAGAAUACUCUUGCAGGAAGGGAUAAAGGUCCAUUGAGGACAUGUAACAGUCAAUCUAUUGGUGAAGCUGAAGAGGAGUAUAAUCCUCAUAAAAGAUGUCGGGUUUCCGAAAGUACUCCUUCGAAGCCAGCUGGGUAUGUGUUUUUUCCCUGUUCACUGUAUUUUAUUAUAAAUUACUUUUUUGUUAAAGGGGUUACUAUUCUUACAUGUUGUAGUUACUUAACUGAUUUAUGAGAGUUAUGGGUUUUUUGUGUUGUUAGAGUCUUCUUGAAGAGGGGUUUAAAGUCUUUUACGCUGUUGUAGUUACUUUACUAAUUUAU